UACUAAUCGUACAGAUCGUACUUCAGUUCUAAUAAUAAAAAAAACAUAUGGACGCUUCCGCGUGCAUUUGAGGGAAUUCCAUUCAACAGCAUCUCGCUUGGCGUGUCUCGAUUGUGAGAAAGAAUUAAAAUAUUCUGGAUCGUGCGAGAGAAUUGCAUAGGAUGCAGAAUCGCCGCGAAAUGCCUGGAUCGUCGCGCAUCUCUCUCAUCUCCGCGGCGUCCCGAGUAAUUUGAUGUGACAGCAAGCCCUCGGAUGCCCUACAAGUCUUCCCUCCCCUUCGCGAAUGUCACGGUAAACGCGUCUUUUCCCGCUCCCUCGUAAAAUUUCGCGAAACGCAUUCGUAACGCGUUUCAAAGACUGAUGGCCACGCUUGCUGAGGUUUUCUGGCGUUGACUUAGACUGAUUUAGACAACGUGACAACCUUCCCUUCAUCGGUUACAAUGGAGCCAAAUCCUCAAGUUCCUUUGCCAUUAGAACCCAUAAAAUCGAAUCAGGUUGAGGAUAGACGUCUGUGGGUGGGCAAUUUAGAUUUAAGAAUUAAUGAGUAAGUAUUUACAUUAUGGUAAUAUCUCUUUUACAUAAUAAACUCUCAUGUAAUGUUUUUGUGAGCUUGAGGCAUGUGUUAAAACAACAAAGUUUGAAAGGAAAAACUAACGCUCUUUUUGUCAACCGGUACCAACUCCUGAAACUCGUCCAACAAUACGGCACAAUCGAAAAGUUCGACUUGCUGUUUCAUCGGUCGGGGCCUCAAGCUGGUCAGCCAAGAGGAUACGCGUUUGUUACUUACAAAACAAUUCAAGAUGCUAGAAGGGCGAAGGAUGCUUUACACGACUUGAAAGUUGGAGCUAAGAACAUUAUUGUUCGAUGGGCACAUAGUGUCACUGAGUCAGAGAUGGAUAAACCGAAGCCAAAGAUAGAUAUUCCUGCCUUAGCUGGUGCAAAAAAAGAAGAUAAAAAGAUAAGUCGUGAAACGGCAAUUCAAGCUAUCGAAGCAAAACUCAAGCUGAUGAAAGAAUCAGAAGAAGAGUUUGAAUUAAACAAACCGCUGGAAGGGUCACCGAUUAUACAACUGUACCAAAAACCAGAGAAUCAAAAACCGUCCACUUCCACGCGAUACUACAGUCGUGGGAACCACUAUCAUCAUAACAAGCCGUACAGUCGUCAUAAGUCGAGAAGAUAAUUUUUGUGCAUUUCAUAUUUUUUUCUAGCUUAUAUAUAUUCAUUUAUCAACUAACCGUUCAUUAUCAUAUUUGUUUCAUAAUAUUUGUAUUAUUUAUAAAGCAACACUUAUAUUUAAUACUGUUUAUUAAAGAUAUUUUGUCCUCGUGUAUAAAAAGAAACAUUUUGUAUAUAUUUUCAUGUUAUGACGCUGACAUGUCUGAGCGAUUUGCAGAUAUAUUGAUCUCUACAAGCGAGAAAAUAUGAGAAGCAUAGAGUUACACAAAUAUUUUGCAUCAUCCAUGAUACAACAUUUUAAUACAUAUGUGUCAAUAUGUGGUGUAUUUUCAUAAUAUAGAGUAAAAUGGUACAAUUUCGAAUUUUCCAGAUACAUUUUUAUUUUUUGAACAUAAAAUACAAGCUUUAAAAUAAUUAGAAAGUUUGUGAUCUGAAUUGGUUAAUACGAAUAUAAAAAGGAAAUUAUUAAUGUAACUAAAGUCAAUUUUAUUCUAAAAGUUUUUAAAAAUAUAUGCAAUAAGUAAAAGUUCCGAGUACAAUUUGUAUUUUGUAAAUAAAACGAUUUUUAGCGCUAUUUUGUGAUGACAAAAGAAAAAUAGACAAAAAGAAAUAAUAUUAUUACUCGAAAUUAUGCCUUUAUUCAGAUUUGUACAUAAACAUUUGAAUAAAAGGAAGAGAUUUUCUGAUCAAAAAGAAUAGCUUUUCUCACAAAUUUUUACACAGGAGUACUAAUAAGCAAACAAAUGAUUGUUGAUAUCAUACAAAGAGAUCAGAUUUUCCAAACCUGAACUUCAAAGAUCUUACUCCAUUCAGAAUUGUACCAAGUUUGAAAUUGUAGUAUGUUACCCUACGGAGAUCCUUUUUAUAACGAGCGCAUACAUGACAUGCUUUGGAAUAAAAUGAGAGAUAAGUUACUUCCAUUAGUCAUAUUUUUGGACAAAGAUAUACAUGCCAUCCACACAACACACACAUACAGAAUCACACGUUUGUACAUGUAAUACAAUUAUAAUACAAGUGUAACAAGAAUUUUUAACAAC